AAAGUAUUUAAUAAAAAAGAAAAUGGGGUCAACUUGUCUUUAAAUCCCAAUAAAUGAAAAUAACUUAUUUGUAUUGGAACAAAUUACUGGGAGGUAAGUAGAAAAAUAUGCUUAAUUGAGAUUCUAAUAAAAAUAGAAUGAAUCAUCAUCAUAAUACCCUGAUGAAUAGAUUGAAAUGACUAAUAAUUCAAUCGAUGAAAAUAAUAAUAGUUUAGAGGAAAUAAGUUUUUUUUAGAAAAAUUAGAGCCCAGCUAAAACCUGCAAAGGCAUUUUAAAAAAUAAAAAUGAUUUAGAGUAUGUACGAUCAAAUGGUUAGAACAAAACAGUAUCAUUUAGUUUUAUACCUACAGAUUAAUUAAAGGAAAUGUUAACUUCAUAAGGAAGGUUAUCAGAGGAAUAAAGAAAGUUUCUAGCAUCCUUGCAUGAAUGA